GACUCGACAUACUCAACAAAAGGAUAUACGAGUAUAUCAGUGAGAGAACCUUUAGAAAACCUUAGAUCUGCUGUCCCACCCUCUCAACCCACAAUACAGGAAGGAAACUAUGUAACACUGUCUGAGACAAGUGAUGAAAUGUACGCGGCAAUAGAAGAUAAUGUUUACAUGGAUCCUGAAGGACCAGCUCAGGGACCUAAGUUGAAUGGUGCACGGGAAGACCUCAGUAUGAUGUAUUCUAAGAUAGAUAAAAAGAAAAAAAGAAAUGAGAGAACUGCCGCCUCAUAUAACGGAGGAUAUGCAACCGUUAACAAAUCUAGACAAAGUGACGAUAAUUUUGGUGCUCGACCUAAACAACGAUAUUCAGCGCUUCCAUUCUCCUCUGAUUCCAGGACUGGAGAAGAUGUAGAUUAUUCUGGGUAUGAAGUGUCAAGGGUGGAUAACUGGAAUCCAAGAUCCGGGAUGGACAAAAGAAAAGUGGAUCCUGGAUAUGAAACAGUGCCAUACGCUCUUCAGCAUCCGGAUCGGUUCACCCGGACCUCCGCUUACCCUAAUGAAAGCUCGGAGGAUUAUCCGGAUACCUCAUACUUUCGGGAUCCGGGCUAUGAAGUGCUCCCGGGUGAGAAGAAAGAAUUAGAUCGACGAGACCCGGAAUAUGAGACUCUAACGUCCGGUGUUCUAUCUCGGGAACCCGGAUAUGAAACCUUACCACCCAGAUUUAGAUCAGACUCAUUUGAUCCUGGAUACGAAACCUUGUCUAAACGUGUAGAGGAGAAUACAGGGCCUAGGAGCUACCCAGAAUACAGAUACAGGGAAUACAGGGAGCCUGGUUAUGAGACUGUGUCAGAUCUAAGAACUCGGGAUCCGGACUACGAAAGUGUCAAUCAAGGUCCAACUGAGCCUGGUUAUGAGACAGUUCCUGACAGAUCUCAACGCACAAGCCUUCCAACCGUUAUUCAAAGACCUGAAGAGGGUCACCUGACCUUUAAACCACGAGCAGCACCUGGACUCAAAACGCCUGAAUUAUCACCUAAACAGGAUCAUAGGCCAAACCUUCCUGAAGUAACUCUAGGAGCGAAAACAAGAGUGAGCAACGGUUCUCAUGCUACUGGUCACGUGUGGAAGUUAUCGACCGGAAGUGAGGAAGGAUAUGAAACUAUCCCGCCGGUCAAUCCUCAAGACCUUCAUGUCGAGAAUCGCCGAACUGCUGUGCGAAAUAGAAAUCCGGGAACACAUCGGCGGGAUCAGACACCAGGGAAUCGCUAUCUAUCCCGGGACGAUUUAGCCGCCGAGGCGGGGAGUUCUAAUGACCGUAUGGAUGUAGAGAAUGAUAUUGAGACCACAGGAGUGAACGAGAGUAUUGCGACUAAACAUGAGAGCGCGAGCAACGAAGAAAUAAAUUAUAUUGACGAGGAUAUUGAUGAGAUGUCCCCUAGUUCACAGAUUCAUAUGUCUGUACUCGACAAUGGUUCAGGAAUAAGGCGAGCUUCUGUUGUGAGAAUAGAAAGAUACGAAGAACACGAGAACAAGAAUACGGACUCACCAUCACAUAUAUUUGUUUAGUAAUCACGCACUUCUAGAUAUACAGGAUUAUCUACAUCAGAGACCACUUCACGGAAAUUAUACUGCCUCUUUCUUUAUAUUUAUUUUUGAUUCCCUGUAACUGUAAACUAGUUUCUUUCUUUGCUAAAUCAUUUAUUAUGCUUUUGAAGGACUAUAUAAAGGCAGAAUAUUUAAUUUAACCCGGGGGUCGUCAUAUUUUUAAAAGUUUAUGGGUCGUCUUUACAGUCUCAUCUUUUAUGGGAAACCCUGUAGUUCAUAGGGAUAGGCAGAGGUCGAAAUAAAGUGAAAAGUAGUUGAACCAUCCUCAUUUAUUUGUACCAUCCUCAUCUAGUUGAACCAUCCUCAUCAAGUUGAACCAUCCUCAUCUAGUUGAACCAUCCUCAUCUAGUUGAACCAUCCUCAUCUAGUUGAACCAUCCUCAUCUAGUUUAACUACUUUUCACUUCUCUUUAAUUAAAACCUCAAGACUGGAAGUGAAAUUCUUGAGAAUUUAUCAUGGACCGCUUUCAGGAGAGUUUGAUUUGAUUUCCACUUUAACAAAAAAUAAAAGUAUCAAAUUUUCAACUGUUUUAAUACCUAAUUUUUAUCAUUACCAGAGGCUGAAAAUUAAAUAAUUAAAUUUAAAAUUGUUAAGAUAUUAACACCCCCCUCCCUUAAAUCAGUCCUGCUUAAAACUUGGGAGCCUUAAUUGUUAUCAUCAUCAUCAUUACACCACCUUCAGUUAAUCAUCGUUAUUUCUGUUAUCUUAUUAGUAUUCCUAAAACCAGUUAUUACAUUCCAUAUUAUACACAUGUUAAGUAUUUAUUCUAUGAUAUUUAUUUAUGUAUUUUUUACAUUUUAUGGGGUUUAAUAUGAUGAUUUUCAUAUCAACAAAUUAAGACAUAUCUUUUUUUCACGGCGUUAAAACAUUGUAUUUUUAUAUUUGCUUUUCAACCCACUUAUCCAUUCCAUCUUGAAAUAAUAUAUUUUUGUAACCUCUUACAUUAAACUGCAGUACAGCAGUACACUUGUUAUAUCUGUACAUAACACCAGUAGUACAUAACCUAGUAAUAAACGCACAAAAAUAUU